AUGAAUUUUGCCCAAUGCUCAAAGAGGGAUCCACAUGUCGCUUGCAAUCAGCCAAAUUCUUUUCAAAGACAUGGUAUCAAAAAGCAACAAAGGAGCUCAAUGUCUGUAUUGGAUGGUUCUUUGAACAACGAUCUUUUCUCAAAAUUAUACAAGAAUGGUACGCAGUCAUCAAAUUUGAAAGUUAUAUCAUGGGAGAACCCAGUACUUUCUGAUGAAGAAGAUGAAUUUGGUUUCAAGAAUUUUGAUCCAGUGAUGCCAAGUUUAAGACCAAUUACUUCGCCAAAAUCACCAAAAUCAAUCUCUUCGUCAACAAAAAAUAAAUCAAAGAACCAAAAAUUUAUUAUACCAUCAAUGAUGCUUUCUGAAAAUGCUUCAGCUGCUGCAAAAGUUGCUACUACAGGGACAGACAAAAUUGAUUCAAUAUCACAUAUUGAUAAGAGGAAAUAUGACCUCUCAAUGAAUAAUCAACUGCCGUUAAAAUUGAGCAAAUCUCCACCACCGCACUAUCACACGAUAGUUCCAAGCCCACUUAUCUCAUCAACAGCUUCAUCGAGGAGAAGAAGAUCCACUCCAAAUAUAAUGACAAUCCAUAAUAGCUAUACCAAUAAUAUGUCCAGUAACGCCACUAAUGAUUUCAAUACUGCAAGCGGUAACACAAGUUCAAGUGUAAGCAGGGCAAAAAGUAGAUCCAUUACCCCUAUGAGUGGUACGGAUAAUGAUGCAAAACCCUUUAAAUGUAAGGAAUGUUCAAAGGCUUUUAGAAGAAGCGAACAUCUAAAGAGGCAUGUGAGAUCGGUUCAUUCAACAGAGAGACCAUUCGCAUGCAUGUUUUGUGAUAAAAAAUUUAGUCGAAGCGAUAACCUGUCGCAACAUUUAAAGACACAUAGGAAACACGGUGAUUUCUGA